GAAGGGUGUCCCGCCUGCGAUGUCUUUCAAGGUAACAAACCUCCUUCAGGUUAGAGGUGUGCAUGGAGCAUUUUGGGGAGCCGGCCAGGACAGAGUGAGGGCGACCUGGCCGGGCGCUGCCUUCCCCAGCCUCCUGCUAAGUUACCCUUGGGAACAGGUACUACGUCCAGAUCCAUAGGUGGGGAAGAUCCUGACCGCGAGACUGAGCAGAAGAGCAGGGCAGGGGAAGGGCAGCCGUCCGCAUCUCCACACGCAGACCCACAGGAAGCCUGGCCACGUGCACGGGCGCCACCUUCCCCGCUGGCAGGGCGGUGCCUCCCCGACGGAAGCUGGAGGGUGUCCCCAUGACCCGCUGACGUCCGCCCACCUGGGUCCUCGGGAAGAGGCUGCGAUGUCCCAGACGCAGGACUACGAGUGCGAGAGCCACCAUGCCGGCCUGCCGGAGUCUCGGAUUUCCGGGUCGAGCACAAGGCUGGAGUGGGUGGAGAUCAUCGAGCCGCGCACGCGCGAGCGCAUGUACGCCAACCUGGUCACCGGCGAGUGCGUGUGGGACCCGCCGGCCGGCGUGCGCAUCAAGCGCACCAGUGAGAACCAGUGGUGGGAGCUCUUCGACCCCAACACCUCGCGCUUCUACUACUACAACGCCACCACGCAGCGCACGGUGUGGCACCGGCCCCAGGACUGCGACAUCAUCCCGCUGGCCAAGCUGCAGACCCUGAAGCAGAACACCGAGUCCCCCCGCGCCUCGGCCGAGAACAGCCCCGGGCGGGGCAGCAGCGUCAGCCGCGAGGGCAGCACCAGCUCGUCCCUGGAGCCCGAGCUGGAUGCGGGCGACAAGGCGCAGGAGCCUGUGGGCCGGGCCAGCCGGCAGGCCGCGCUCGGGGCGGUGAAGGAGGAGAGCUGCAGUUCCCCGCUGCCAGGAGUGGCCCCCGAGAAGGACUACGAGGUUUACCGGGAGUACAGCACAGAUGGCCACCUCCUCCACUGCAGGACCUCCUCACUCCGCUGGAACUCGGGCACCAAGGAGCGCUUGCUCAUCAAAGUUGCCGACAGGGAGCCCAGCUUCCUCUCCCCCCAGGGCAACGGCUACCCCCUGGACAGCCAGCCUGGGGGACGCGCCCGCAGGCCCUCCGGGGGACAGCACUCGCCCAGCCCGCAGAUGUUCACCCCCGACGCGGACGGCCCUGCCUUCUUCCCAGAACGGAGGCCGUCGCCCUUCCCGAAGAGGGCUGAGCUAGGGAGCUGCUCCCCGCUGCCGGCCCAGCCCCGCAAGCCCACCAGCGACUCCCAGCCCUCCUCCCCGCGCUACGCCUACGAGCCCCCCCUCUACGAGGAGCCCCCCGUGGAGUACCAGGCCCCCCUCUACGACGAGCCCCCCGUGGACGUGCAGUUCGAGGCCGGCGGGGGCUAUGAGGCCGGCGCGCCCCGGCGGUCUCCCAGCCGCAAGCCGGCCCAGCAGGCCUCUGCGUCGCCCUACCAGCAGCUGGUGCUCACCAGGCAGAAGUGCCCGGAGCGCUACCUGAGCCUGGAGUACAGCCCAGCCGGCAAGGAGUACGUGCGGCAGCUGGUGUACGUGGAGCAGGCGGGCUCCAGCCCCAAGCUGCGUGCGGGCCCGCGGCACAAGUACACGCCGCACGCGGGCGGCGGCUCCCUCUCCCUGCAGCCCAGCCCCUGCCUGCUGCGUGACCCGCGCCUGGGGGUCACGUCUGGGGACUACAGCAGCAUGGAGGGGCCGGAGCUGCGGCCCACUCAGCCACCGACGCCACUGUCCCAGGCCCAGGACGAUGCCAUGUCCUGGUCCAGCCAGCAGGACACCAUGUCCUCCACGGGCUACUCGCCUGGCACGCGCAAGAGGAAGAGCAGGAACCCCUCUGUGUGCCACGUCCCCAGCACCCCCCCCACGGAGGGCCCUGGGGACCGUGACUUGCUCGGCCAGCAGCCCCUGACCGAGGAGCGGCCCCAGUGUGGGCCCGGCCUGGCGCCCACGAAGCACACGGAGGGCGAGGCAGGCGACGGGGACGGGACCCGGGGCCUGGCCGAGCCCUUCCUCGCACAGGCCCGGCUGGCCUGGGAGGCGCAGCAGGCCCACCUGCACAUGAAGCAGAGGGGCAGCUGGGACUCCCAGCAGGACGGCUCAGGCUACGAGAGCGACGGGGCCGUGCCGCUGCCCAUGCCCGGGCCCGUGGUGCGUGCCUUCAGCGAGGACGAGGCGUUGGCCCAGCAGGAGAGCAGACACUGGCAGAGGGGCGCCUUGGACAGGCUUGCCUUCCCCCAGGUCCUGCUCGAGAAGAGCGUCUCUGUGCAGACCAGCCUGGCCUCCCCCGAGCCAUACCUCCACCCCUCCCAGUCUGAGGACCUCGGCACCUGCGCCCAGUUCGAGAGCAGCCGGCAGACCCGGAGUGUCAUGCCCAGCGCCAGCUGUGUGUUCCCCACCUUCACGCUCCGCAAGCCGUCCUCGGAGACCGACAUCGAGAACUGGGCCUCCAAGCACUUCAACAAGCACACGCAGGGCCUCUUCCGGCGCAAGGUCUCCAUUGCCAACAUGCUGGCCUGGAGCAGCGAGUCCAUCAAGAAGCCCAUGAUCGUGACCAGCGACCGCCACGUGAAGAAGGAAGCCUGCGAGGUCUUCAAGCUGAUCCAGAUGUACAUGGGUGACCGGCGCGCCAAGGCGGACCCGCUGCACGUGGCCCUGGAGAUCGCCACCAAGGGCUGGAGUGUGCAGGGCCUGCGGGAUGAGCUCUACAUCCAGCUGUGCCGGCAGACCACCGAGAACUUCCGCCUCGAGAGCCUGGCCCGCGGCUGGGAGCUUAUGGCCAUCUGCCUGGCCUUCUUCCCACCCACGCCCAAGUUCCAUUCCUACCUGGAGGGUUACAUCUACCGGCACAUGGACCCUGUCAACGACACCAAAGUGACACAGCACAUGAAAGCGCUCGUGGAAAGGAACACUAAGAAGAAGUCCAAGUUGAGAAAGAAACCCAAGCCUUAUGUUGAGGAGCCGGAUGGGGUGGCCAUAAGCACAUAUGCCAAGUACUGUUACCACAAGCUGCAGAAGGCAGCCCUGACCGGGGCCAAGAAGGGGCUGAAGAAACCCAAUGUGGAGGAGAUCCGGCAUGCCAAGAACGCCGUGUUCAGCCCCUCCAUGUUUGGCAGUGCGCUGCAGGAGGUCAUGAGCAUGCAGAAGGAGCGCUACCCUGACCGGCAGCUGCCCUGGGUACAGACUCGGCUGUCAGAGGAGGUGCUCGCGCUCAACGGUGACCAGACGGAAGGCAUCUUCAGAGUCCCUGGGGACAUCGAUGAGGUGAACGCCCUGAAACUACAAGUGGACCAGUGGAAGGUGCCUACAGGCCUGGAGGACCCCCACGUGCCAGCGUCGCUGCUGAAGCUGUGGUACCGGGAGCUGGAGGAGCCCCUGAUCCCGCACGAGUUCUACGAGCAGUGCAUCGCGCACUACGAGAGCCCCGAGGCCGCCGUGGCCGUGGUGCACGCGCUGCCCCGCAUCAACCGUCUGGUGCUGUGCUACCUCAUCCGCUUCCUCCAGGUGUUCGUGCAGCCCGCCAACGUGGCCGUCACCAAGAUGGACGUCAGCAACCUGGCCAUGGUGAUGGCGCCCAACUGCCUGCGCUGCCGCUCGGACGACCCGCGCGUCAUCUUCGAGAACACGCGCAAGGAGAUGUCUUUCCUGCGCCUGCUCAUCCAGCACCUGGACACCGGCUUCAUGGAGGGCGUGCUCUAGCGCGCGGGCGCCGGGGGCCGCGGCUGGGGGGGGAGCGCGCCGGGCGCGGAGGCACGCGGGGCGGGGGGGGGGGGCAGCAUGCGGGGCGCGCCUCGCCAGGCCCCGCCGCCCAGCGCCCACCCGGGCCCUCGGCAUGAAGGCGCCGCCGGGGCGGAGGGGCUGCGGGAAGGGCGCCUCCGCCCCGCCCGCCGCCGGCCGCGGGCUGGCCGCGAGAAAGUGCCUUCUGUUUCCUGGAGCCAAGGGACACUGCCCCUCCCGGCCGGCCCGAGAGCACCCGCCGCCCUUCCUGGGGCGAGCCGCCCGGCUGGGGCUGCUGCGCUCUCUCUUCCUCUGCCCUCCCCCUGCCCUGGGGUCUCCAGGUCUGCGGGUUUCGCCCUCCCCAGUCCCUUCCGGCCCCUCCCCCCUGCCGCCUGCGGCCUCCAGUGUCGUUAACUGCGCAGGGGUUUGGGGGCUCCAGGGCUCUGGGCUGUGCACCACCAGAGCAGAGCCCGGCUGGUUCAGGGCUCGGUAGCCUCUCUCUGGGUGGGAAGGGGCCCCACGCCAAAGUCCUCUAGGGUGGGGGACAGGGUGGGACAGGCAUUCUUGGGGCAGGGUGGGGGAGGGGCAAGAGUAUUUUUUCUUGGCGUAACUAUAAAUUCAGACUCUAUCCCGCAUCCCAACCCGCCUGUGUAUAGAGAUAUAAAUAGAGCGAAAGAUAUAAGAACUAAGUUUACUAAUGACAUAGUCUUAACCCAAAUGCUAUUUAUUUCUGAGUCGGUCUCCCUUCUCUGCAGACAAAUUGAUACCAUUCCUUCAUUUUCUUCUCCACUCUCUUGGCUUCUGACCAAAAACCAAACCCUGCCCCAUCCCCAUCUGGGACCUGCAGCAGAUGAGAGGGAAGGCGCCCUGAGCUGGGGGACCAGAGGGCACCGGGGACUGCCUUUCUUCGAGGCCAGAGCCGGGGCGAUGGGGGCGUGGGGGGUGGAGGGGAGGUACCUAGACUCUGAGUUUGUACAUUUUCCAUUUUGGAAUUUUGAGUUCCAAUUGUUGUAAAACUUAAUUUCUCCCCAGUUUUUAUAUAUAUAUAUUUUUUAGAGUUGAGUUUUUAUUUAUUAUUAAAAACAAAAAAGCCCAGCCCUGCCGAGGCCCGGUGUCCCCUGGCGGAGCGUCCUCGUAGGGGCGGCCUGGCCACAGACUCUCGCUCUGACGCAUGGACUCGAGAGAUGGCAACACUUUGUGUGAAUAAAGCACGUAUGGACACUU